AGACUUGGCUGUUGUGGUUAUUUGGGAAGUGGAACCAGUGGAUGUAAAAAUCUGUCUCUGCCUUUGAAACACUGAAUAGUAAACGCUUAGUAUUGAGAGCAUCUUGUAAGGAGAACACUAAGUAAUUGACUCUCAUUUGAGCUUCAUAACAGUCUCGUGAGGAAGGUACCACCAUUAUCCCAUUUUACAAUGGAGAAGGCUAAGCUUUGAAGCAAGAAACCAGAUUGCUUGGGGUUCUAUUUACAGCUACAGAACCACAUUCAGUACCAAGGACCUGCCACUCUAGACUGUGCUGUUGGCCAACUGUUCCCCAGGGCACUCAUGUGAUGCAGAGGAGCAGGAUGGGAACAGGGCAGCGAGGGGGAAAACGAGUACACCAGCCUAGCAAGUGGCUGCCACAGCCCUCACCGAAAGUACGGCAGCCAUGGGCUGUAGCAGGAGAGUCGUGAGAAAUACACAGCUCGAGGUAUCACUGGAGGCUGCUGGAGAUCUGGCAGCAGGAAAGAGGCAGUGACUAACCAGCAGCCGUGUGUAGAGAUGAUGCUUCCACUAACCAGGACAGUGACUGGCACAAGCACCCCGACAGAGUGGAGAAUGGCCAUGGAUGCUCAGGAGGUCAAGGUCUUCCCAGCUAGAGGGAAAGGUCCAGAGGGCAGCGGGAUGGGUAGAUCUGGAACUUCAUCUUCUUAUGAAAGAACAGAUUCAGCCACCAACACGUGGCAGGCAUGAGUAGUUAGGUGUGCCCAGGGUGAAUGUUAAGGUGACAGGAGUGUAGAAAACCCCAAGGAUUCAGCAAAGAGCCCCUUUCUGCACGUGUAAGGUUAAGAUCUGUCUGCCUUCCCGAGACAACUCCCAGGCAGCACACUACUACGAGGGAAGCACAGUCACCAGCAUUUCUUCUACCAAGCUUACUUGCUACCCUGUGUGAGGAUCUAGAUGGCAUAUUUCUCCCAAAGCCAGCCAGCCAGCUGAAGGGCAUGUUUAAUGGUCAAAGUAAAACUUCCUCGUUCAUCAGGGUUAUUGUCACAGACCUGCUUAGCCACUCCAAGCCCACGCUGCCCGUGUCAGUAAUUCCAUUUUGGCCACCAGCCCUGUUGGCUUUGGAUGGGAGCUCUGUAGGCUUCUAACGCUUUCAGAACACACCAUCCCAAAGCCCGAUUUCUGUUCUGCUCAACACUUUGCACCCUUCAACCCAACACAUCACAGCAUAGCUUAUCUGCCUCAUCACAAAUCUACAUACGAGUCCUUGUUUCCAGUUUCAUUUUUAAAGCAAAAAGCUUCCCAGUGAUAGCAUGUAGCAAGGAGAGGGUGAGGGGAAAGGGGAAAAAAAAAAGCCCGUUUGGUCUGCCCUCACUGGCUGUUGCUACCUUGCAGUUUGUGACACACAGAGGGAGGUCUAAUCAAGGGAAGGAGGCAGCCAGAGGGCCAUUUCAUUCCCCUGGAAACCAGGAGCCCCCUUGAUGCUGACGUCUGUGCCUACUUUCCCAUGCGACUUUGAGGGGGGCUCUGGAGCGAUUUCGUGCCGUGCGCCAGCUGAGCGAGCCGCACAGGGAGGGAGGAUCUGACUGAGCGGUGGCAGAGGAAGCCAACACGGACCUCACAGUGCUGGAACUGGCUCCGGUCUCGCAUGCAGUUUUGGAAGUCAGCAAAAAACAGAAAUCAAAUUACUCUCAUCUGCUACUGGAGAAAGCUCAACCCGGCUUCAUUACUAUGCGAGAGGCAGCAAGGAAUCUAAUAACCCAGCGUGCCUACUGUGUGGAUCUGAAGAUAAUGUAAGUUCCCAUACUGCUGUCUAAUUUUCUGGUUUGAAAUCAUGCUUAGCCACAGUGCCAUCAAUUUGAUGAUAAUUUCUAGCGUGGAAAGUUAUCCACUGAUCUUCAGAGAGGUUUCCUCUUUCCUUUUAUUAAGGAAGCAGCACAGUGCAAGCUGAAAUUCCUGACGGCAGCUGUGGCAAUUCAGCCCAAGACUGAGAACGCGAAAUAUAUCCAAUUACUAUGGGAUUACCACUGCUUGUUUUUAUAAUUGACUUUCUCCAUACACUGUCUGCAUCCCUGCUGUUUUGGACUGCAUGCCGUCUCAAUAUUGAGAUGACAAUCUAGUGUGAUCCGAGUAACUGACAGCGUGAGACAGGAUUAAACCCAAUUCCUAGUAGCUACAAAACUUUCUCAGCCAGGGUCUCUCCCCCAAAGCUGAAAACUCUACCACCUGGCUGAACUCUAUCUUCUGCUUAAAGUUCAUCCUGCUUUUUUGUCCUUACUUCGCGUUUUCAAAAGAUCAAAGCCAACGUUGGAGUCUGCUGGAACAGGGGACACAGGAAGCGCCACCUCGGCUCUCCAUUACCGUAAUAAUGGGAGAGGGGCAGGCAGCCAGAGGAUCCCAGCGUGCCCCACAGCGUCAGUGUGACAGAGUGCAGGGACGAAGAUGAAUGGCAAGCACAGGCUGUAACUUAGCGAUCUCUCUACACUUCAGCUGCUGCACGCUGCGGCUCAGAAAUGGAUAUGCUGUGUGAAGAAAACACUUCUUUGAGCUCCAUGAACUCUUUAAUGCAAUUAAGCGAUGACACAAGGCUCUACAGUAAAGACGUUUCCUCCGGAGAAGCCAACACUUCCGAUGCAUUUAACUGGACAGUAGACUCCGAAAACCGCACCAACAUUUCCUGUGAAGGGUGCCUCUCACCACCAUGUUUCCCCUUCCUCCGUCUCCAGGAAAAAAACUGGUCUGCUUUAUUGACAGCUGUAGUGAUCGUCCUAACCAUUGCUGGGAACAUCCUCGUCAUCAUGGCUGUGUCCCUAGAGAAAAAGCUGCAGAACGCCACCAACUAUUUCCUGAUGUCACUUGCCAUAGCCGAUAUGCUGCUGGGGUUCCUAGUCAUGCCCGUGUCCAUGUUAACCAUCCUCUACGGGUACAGGUGGCCUCUGCCCAGCAAGCUCUGUGCAGUCUGGAUUUACUUGGAUGUACUCUUCUCCACGGCUUCCAUCAUGCACCUCUGUGCCAUCUCACUUGACCGCUACGUGGCCAUCCAGAAUCCCAUCCACCACAGCCGCUUCAACUCCAGAACAAAGGCCUUUCUGAAGAUCAUUGCCGUUUGGACCAUCUCUGUAGGUAUAUCCAUGCCAAUACCAGUCUUUGGGCUACAGGAUGAUUCCAAGGUCUUCAAAGAGGGGAGCUGCUUACUUGCCGAUGACAACUUUGUCCUGAUCGGCUCUUUUGUGUCCUUUUUCAUCCCCUUAACCAUCAUGGUGAUCACCUACUUUCUAACUAUCAAGUCGCUCCAGAAAGAAGCUACUUUGUGUGUGAGUGAUCCAGGCACACGAGCCAAGUUAGCUUCCUUCAGCUUCCUCCCUCAGAGCUCCCUGUCUUCAGAAAAGCUCUUCCAGAGGUCGAUCCACCGGGAGCCAGGAUCCUACGCAGGCAGGAGGACGAUGCAGUCCAUCAGCAACGAGCAGAAGGCUUGCAAGGUGCUGGGCAUCGUCUUCUUCCUGUUUGUGGUGAUGUGGUGCCCCUUCUUCAUCACCAACAUCAUGGCCGUCAUGUGCAAGGAGUCCUGCAACGAAGCCGUCAUCGGGGCCCUGCUCAACGUGUUCGUUUGGAUCGGGUACCUCUCCUCAGCCGUCAACCCGCUGGUCUACACACUGUUCAACAAGACCUAUAGGUCGGCCUUUUCGCGGUACAUCCAGUGUCAGUACAAGGAGAACAAGAAACCGUUGCAGUUAAUUUUAGUGAACACUAUACCAGCCUUAGCCUACAAGUCUAGUCAACUCCAAAUGGGACAAAAAAAGAAUUCAAAGAAAGAAGCCAAGAUGACAGAUAAUGACUGCUCUAUGGUUGCUCUAGGAAAACAACAUUCAGAUGAUGCUUCGACAGACAAUAUCGACACAGUGAAUGAAAAGGUUAGCUGUGUGUGACAGACUGGUUGCCAUGGCAACUGUGGAGGGCACGCUGAGCAAAUUUUCACCUAUCUGGGGAAACAAGUAUUAGGAAGACUGGAGAAAAAAAUAAAAAUUAGGCCCGUCUAGUGGAACCAACAAUAAUAUGUGUAUGCCUCAUUUUAUUCUGUCAAUGAAAAGCAGGGUUAAAUGCCACAAAAUGUGCACUUCAAAAAUGUCCUGGCAGCAUUUCAGCUGUGAGCUUUAUGAGACUUAUUUUUAACAUUGUAAAUGAUACAGCUUUAAAAUAAUGAGCUUUUGUUGUAUAAUUAUAAUGAGGCCCUGAAUAAAUCUACGUUAACUUCCAUUGUCAAGUGGACACCUUGCUACUAUGUUGUUAACUGAUGGCAUGGGAUUUGUUGGUUAUCUAUUCCUGUAAAUAAAAAUAGCUAUAAAUAAUGAACAAUUUGUUCAAUAUAGUGGCCUCUUAAAUAAGGAAAACUUCUAUUUAAAACUGAACAUGACAUAUAUUUUGAAAGGAAAAAAAAAAAGAACAGUGUCAUAAAAUCCAUAUUGCUAAGACAAUUAAGUGAAAUACUUGACAACAUUUUCCUUCCUGCUUUUUCACAGAUGCCAUUUUGAAACAGUCACACAGUUGCUGGCAUUUGCUGCAUUUCAAGUUCAUUCUUCUCAGAAGUGAAAAAAGAUUUUAGAUGUUAUUGAAUAAUUAUUGCUGCUUUCUCUUCUACUUCUUGUGCUAUACUAUGAAUUUCCAAUGUGGUCUUGUUUAAUAUUUGUUCUUCUGUGUAACCUAUCAGAAGGAUAAUUUAACAUUAUCCACUAUAUUUCUAGAAAUUGCUUCUCUCAAACAGCACCUUAGAGGUAUUUGGUAAGUUGCUGUGAAAUGACUGCAUGCCCUCCUUUGAGCAGUGAACAAUAUGUUGAUGUAACUGCAUCAGGAUUGAGGAAUAAACUCAGGUUUCUGCCUGUUGAUGGUAGCGGAGUCCUGGGACAUCUCUAUAAAGAGCAGGAGAAUUUCCCAUGGACAUUCAUCAGGUACAUUGAUGCUUUCAGGUUAAUCAACCUAUAUUAUUUAUCAAAACCAUUUGACUUGGGUUCACAGUCAUCUGUUGAGUGUAUACUUAUGUGUAAAGCAAUUUUCCAGAUAUUAGGGAUAUAAAAAUAAAACAAGAUCCUUAUGUAUAAGGGAAAUGAUGACACUGGAAUAAUCCUUGUCAAAAAAUUAUAAACAGACAGACUUAUUUUGAGAAUCAUUUUAAUAUAUUUCGUUGUUACUUGGCCCAGAAAUAGCUUUGUUUGCACUCUGAGGGUAGUUAUCUCAAUAUUGGUUACCAGUGAAUACCAACCAAAGAAAGAAGAAAGAAAACAUCACUUGGGGUCAAAUCAAGCAUUGCAAUUAAUUUAGAAAUACGCCCCACAGUCAGUACCCAACCUAUGACUGCUAAAGUUUUGGUCAAAGAUUUUGUUUCAUCUCUCUAAAACAUUUGUUUUAGUUUAACACUGUGACACUGAACUCACCAAUAAAUAAGUAAAUAAACCUAAUGUUUUAUAGAAAAAUGUUACUAAAGAGAAAAAGUAACUGACAGGAGUUAAUUUACCCUGAUAUAGUAAUAGUCACACAUUGUUAUUGGAAUAGAUAUUCGAUAUAUGACUAUAAUGCUGAAGAUUUCUACUGAAUGAAAAAGAGUUUUUUUCUAAAGCCUGUGAUAAAAGCUACAGAUUUAAAAAUUAAAUAACAGAGGAAUUACCAUUGUGUAGUUUGGAAUUGCAUCAGGGCUAUCCUAAUUAUGUCCUCAUGGACACACUGAAAGUUGGUUCACUAUCUGAAAGCUCGAAUGUGCAACAUGUCACUACUACCAAGACUGCAUUUGGACUGAACUACUGAUGAAAUACAAAGGAUAAAAAGUCUUUGCUGCAUUUUGCCUUAGUUUAUAACUCUGCACAUUUCGUUAUACAUCAGAGAAAAAUAACAGAUUCUACCCCCAUAUGUAUUAAAUCUUGACAGAAUGAACCUUGCCUGACAGAAGUCUUUGGACUACAUAUAUCACAAAUAUGUUUGUGUUUCUUUCUCUCCAUAAGUAUCUAUUCAAGUGUAUAUAGACAAAUGUGUAUCUGUAUAUAUGUACAGACAUGUUCCCAUGCACUUUAUUCAAUAUUUAUAUAUUUAUGUGGAGAGAGAGCAAUCAAUGAAGACACUCGGCAUAUACACAUGUGUGCAUGUUUGUAUCAUGUCCAUUCAAAUGUGAAUUAAUGUUCUAAUAUUGCUAAGACCUUCCAUUGCUAUCAAAGCAGAUUCAAGAGGAACAAAGAUAUCAACCUUUGAAAUAAACAAAUAAACUGGAA